AUGUCGACGGCCAUCAAAACCAAUGGCUACACCAAGAAAUCCUCGAAAGAAGAAGCGGAGAAGCUUGAAGGCGUUGGCCAAGACGAGUCGCCCAGAAGCCCGACACCCCGUGGACACCGUAGGAAGGACUCGCGCAGCUCGCAUGGCUCCAUCGGACGCAAGCACGGCGAGCAGAUCAACGACGGAUUCCAAUUGGAGACGGAGGUGUUCGAGAAGCAUCCCAACGGCAAUGGCGAGGCACUGGACCGCAGGCAGGACAUGAAGCGCCGCAACUCUGAGCUCAAGUCCGGGCGACAGGCCGGUGCGGGGUGGGCAACGAGCAAGUACGUUGAAGACGACUGCAGUACCGUCCUCAUGCACACGCUCAGCAUCGUCGGCGGUCUGGCCAUAUUCUUCUUCCUCUGCAGCAUACCGCUGCUGUGGCCCAUACUCCUCCCUUACACCGUCUACGUCCUCUUCUCCAACGCCGGCACGUCCGGCGAGCUUUCCUUCCGCAGCGAGCGCCUGCGACGCCUGCCCAUCUGGUCGCUCUUCGCCUCCUACUUCCCUGCCCGUCUGCACCGAUCGCAGGAGCUCGAGCCCACCCGCAAGUACAUCUUCGGGUACCAUCCCCACGGCAUCAUCUCCCACGGCGCAUUCGCUGCUUUCGCGACGGAAGCCCUGGGCUUCUCCCAGCUGUUCCCUGGCAUCACCAACGCCCUUCUCACCCUCGAUUCCAACUUCCGCUACCCAAUCUACCGCGAGUAUGCCCUCCGUCUCGGCAUGGCAUCCGUGUCGCGCGAAUCCUGCGAGAACAUCCUGUCCAAGGGAGGCCAGAAUGGUGAGGGAAUGGGUCGCGCCAUCACAAUCGUUGUAGGUGGUGCUCGCGAGUCGCUCGAUGCGUGUCCCGGAACCAUCCGCCUCGUACUGCGAAGGCGCAAGGGGUUCGUCAAGAUGGCCAUUCGUACCGGCGCUGACCUCGUCCCCGUUCUCGCCUUUGGCGAAAACGAUGUUUACGACCAACUCGACACCGACACACACCCUUACGUACACAAGUUCCAAUUGCUGGUCAAGAAGGUCAUGGGCUUCACGAUACCAAUCUUCCAUGCUCGAGGCAUCUUUAACUACGAUGUGGGCAUGAUGCCCUACCGAAGGCCCAUCAACAUCGUCGUUGGUAAGCCGAUCCGCGUGGUGCAGGACAAACACCCGGAUAACGAGCACAUCAACGAGGUUCACGAAAAGUACAUGAAUGAGUUGCUGAGAAUGUGGGAAGAGCACAAGGACACGUUUGCCAGGAACAGGCAGGGAGAAUUGGAGAUUGUGGAAUAGUUUAGCGGAAGCGAGCUUUUUUCGUGUAUGAUAUUCCUUUUUUCGAUA